UCUUCUUCAUCCCUCUAUUUUUCUUCUUUCUUUGUUACAUCUGUUCCAAAACAGAAACACAAACAGAAACAGAGACAGGGAUUUUCAUUUGGUGGCUGCCCCGAGAUCAUAAUAUAAUAUAUUCACAAUGGGGAAGAAAGGAAGAACAAACAGCUGGUUCUCCACCGUCAAGAAAGUCUUCAAAUCUAGUACUCCUUCUUCUAACCACUCCUCCGACUCCUUCCACAACAAUAACAAGAAGGAGAAUGGGAAUGUGCAAAAAUGGGAGCAAAAUAUUGGUCAUCAGGAGGUUAUAUCUUUUGAACAAUUUCCGACAGAGAUUUCUACGGAAAUAACCAACAACGAGAGCGUUCAAUCGACUCCGAAGAUUGAAGAUCGAGAUCAUGCCAUCGCGGUGGCAGCGGCGACUGCAGCAGCUGCUGAGGCUGCCGUUGCAGCAGCUCAGGCGGCAGCAAAAGUUGUUCGUUUGGCUGGGUAUGGGUGGCAAUCUAGAGAAGAUAGAGCAGCAACCCUUAUUCAAGCUUAUUACAGAGGGUACUUGGCUCGACGAGCACUCCGUGCACUAAAGGGGCUAGUGAGAUUACAAGCAUUGGUCCGAGGCCACAACGUGCGAAAGCAAGCACAAAUGACGAUGCGUUGCAUGCAAGCAUUGGUGCGGGUGCAAGCAAGAGUUCGCGCUCGGAGGUUGCAAUUGGCCAACCAAAAUUAUCAUACAAGAAUUAUUGCAGAGGAAGUAGAAGAUUAUGAAGACUAUGAAGAAAAGAAAAACAUAUUGAAGAAAUAUGAGAUGGAAGGCUGGGAUGGUGGGGCUCUAAGCGUAGAGAAAAUCAAGGAAAAUUCUUCAAGAAAAAGAGAUGCCCUAAUGAAGAGGGAAAGAGCUCUUGCUUAUGCAUAUUCCUAUCAGCAAGUGCAACAACAUCAAAGAGGAGAAGGGAUGUUAGAUGAGUUGCGUGAAGAGGGGAGUGAUUUUGGGAUUAGGCAUGAGAAGGCUGAAUAUGGUUGGAAUUGGCUGGAGCAUUGGAUGUCUUCUCAAUCUCAACCAUAUCCAUAUCCAUAUCCUCGCGAGUGCUCGUACAUCACACCCGCAACCACCACCACCGCCACCGCCACCGACGACAUGUCGGAGAAGACCGUCGAAAUGGACCCCAUUGCCCUGGCCCAACUAAAUUUGGGCUCCGUGGAAUCGGGCCCUGCAUACUCGUCCCGACAAAAACGACAAUCGAUCUCGAAGAAUAAUGGACAUGUCCCGAGCUACAUGGCCCCGACCCAAUCCGCUAAAGCCAAGGUGAAGGUGAGAAGCCGAGGAUCGGCGUGUGAGUCGUCGAGCUCGGGCGGAGGAACAGUGGGGUACCAAGGCCCACGGAGCCCAACCCCAAUCAACACUGGGACUGGGACUCCUUCCCACAUGCUGCAGCUGCCCUCUGGACAACAUCAACAACAUUGGGCACUGCCCAUUCCCCCUUGGAGGCCUGCUUUUGCAUCAUUCACUUAAGAAACUUAAAAUACCCAUAUUUGUCUAAUAUUAAACUCUGCUCCUCCCUUCCUACAUUGCCAUAUUUAUUCAUCUUGUCUUUAGAUUUAAUAAAUAACAUUACAGAA